AUGGCCGUGCCUCCAGGAACGUCGUUAUUCUUAGGCCUGGUCUCUGGAUCCAGUGCCGUCCUCAUGGACACCGUGAACACCUCCUCAACGAUACUCCCAAAGCCUUCGCCUGAUCCUAAAACCACAAACAUCACACUGAUAACGACGUCAACAACGCCUGCUGCAGCUACUGCGACAGUUCUCGCCACCACCACCACCGCUACCACCACUAAAUUCCACACUACGUCUUCACCCUCCUCGCAAAUGACUUAUCCCACGAUGUAUAGUUCUCCACCCUCGCCCCAUACAGCCCAUUUACAGCGGGACAACCCUUUGGCUUUAACAACUCCUGUAUAUACACAAAAGCCAGCUGCUUCAACCAGUAAUGUGCCUGCACUCAGCAAUACUCCAAUUCCAAAUAAUCAUAAUAAUGACCCUCUUGUCACUCUCGACAUCGAAGAGGACAGCGAGAACUACAGUGGCUCUAAAGAACACUCAGAUUUUGGCCAGAAUCCAGUCUCUGCGCAUAUGUCACCCAAGGCUCCAGCAAUCUCUGACCUCAGCACUCCUUCUGGAGAGAAAUAUCAAGCAGCGCAAGAAAGAUUCACACUUUGCUUUAUUACCUUCAAUAUUUCCAGCGGUAGCAUCAGAUUCGCUAUCGUCAAGUGUAUCUUUAUCUUCACCGCAUUUCGGAGACAAGGCAAAUUUUCGUACCAGCUCGACGAAUACCUCGAAUCCACCCAGUUUCCAUGUUGA